GCAGAAACCAUCAACAAAAACAUCAACAACAACAGCAACACUGGUUUUCGCGCCAAAGUAGGAUCAAACAACGGACACGGACUCGUGCAGCGUAAACGUCUCUCGUUGAAAAGUAUUUGUCAAAAAAACAUAGUUACUUUUUGAACUUCAACCAUGUCGUCUAAUGGACGAGAUACUCCAAGUGAUUUCGACAGGUCAGUCGGUGACGCCCGUCGGGAAGCUGUCACCUCCCCAGUUCGUGACUUGGAACCCUUCGAAGAUGAAAGUGAUCUUAUUGGGGGCGAUGUGGAUAGCGUUAGACAGUUUGAGGAUGAAGAGGAAGAAGAUGGAGAGGAGUUAUUCGGAGACAACAUGGAGGCGGAUUACCGCCCCAUGCCUGCAUUGGAUCAAUACGAUCCAGAUGCACUUGAUGAUGAGGGAGACUUUGAGAACAUGUCUCAAUCAGACCGAAACGCUGCUGAACUAGCAAUGAAGCGAAGAGAUCGAGAGGAAGGAAUGCUUGGGCGACGUGGGGACCGUGAACUUAUAUAUGAUGAUAGUGAUGAAGAAGAUGAGCCCCGGAGGAAAAGAAGAAUGGCUGAAAAGGCUGCUGCAGGAGAUAUGGAAGAUACAGAUAUGAUUGAAUCAAUUGAAAACCUUGAGGAUACCAAAGGCCAUACAAUCAAAGAAUGGGUGUCAAUGAUAGGUCCACGAACUGAAAUUGCUAACCGUUUUAAAAACUUCUUGAGAAACUAUGUUAAUAGUAAGGGGCAAUAUGUUUUCAAGGAUCGUAUUCGGCGUAUGUGUGAAAGCAACCACAGCAGCCUUGAGGUUGAAUUUCCAGCUCUAGCUGCCAAAGAACAUGUCUUGGCCUUCUUCUUGCCUGAUGCUCCAAUGGAAAUGCUGAAAAUUUUUGAUGAAGUCGCUAAAGAGUUAGUGCUUACAAUUUUCCCCAGCUACGAGCGAGUUGCAAGCACAAUCAAUGUGAGAAUAUCAGAACUACCGCUCAUUGAAGAACUCCGCACAUUUAGGAAAAUACAUUUGAAUCAGCUUGUUCGGACUAGUGGUGUUGUGACUGCCACAACAGGUGUGUUACCUCAGUUGAGUGUUGUUAAAUAUGAUUGUAACAAGUGUGGUUACAUUUUGGGGCCAUUUGUUCAGUCCCAAGAUGUUGAAGUGAAACCGGGCUCUUGUCCUGAGUGUCAGAGCACUGGUCCAUUCAUGAUCAACAUGGAGCAAACUCUUUACAGAAAUUAUCAGAAAAUUACUGUACAAGAAUCACCUGGGCGUAUUCCAGCUGGCCGUAUCCCCAGAUCUAAAGAUUGCAUUUUGUUAGCUGACCUUUGUGACCGUUGUAAACCUGGUGAUGAAGUGGAUGUUACUGGAAUCUACACUAAUAAUUAUGAUGGCUCAUUAAACACAGAUCAAGGUUUCCCUGUCUUUGCAACUGUAAUUUUGGCCAACUUUUUGCUUGUGAAGGAUUGCAAGCAAAUAGUGCAAUCUUUAACAGAUGAAGAUGUAUCAGCAAUUCAGAAAUUGGCAAAGGACCAUCGUAUUGGUGAUCGCAUUGUAGCAAGUAUGGCACCGUCGAUUUUUGGCCAUGAUUAUAUUAAACGUGCAUUGGCCCUUGCUUUGUUUGGUGGAGAGUCAAAGAACCCUGGUCAAAAACACAAACUGAGAGGAGACAUCAAUGUACUUCUCUGUGGUGACCCAGGAACAGCAAAAUCACAGUUUUUGAAAUAUGCUGAAAAAAUUGCUCCACGAGCUGUUUUUACAACUGGACAGGGUGCUUCUGCUGUAGGUUUGACUGCUUAUGUGCGCCGUUCACCAGCAAGUCGGGAAUGGACUCUAGAAGCUGGAGCUUUGGUUUUGGCUGAUCAAGGUGUUUGCCUUAUUGAUGAGUUUGACAAAAUGAAUGAUCAAGAUCGCACAUCUAUCCAUGAAGCUAUGGAACAACAAUCUAUUUCUAUUUCUAAGGCAGGAAUUGUAGCCUCCCUUCAGGCCCGUUGUUCUGUCAUUGCUGCUGCUAAUCCUAUAGGUGGACGUUAUGAUCCUAGUAUGACCUUCGCAGAAAAUGUCAAUCUCUCGGAACCCAUCAUGUCUCGUUUUGAUAUAUUGUGUGUUGUGAGGGAUGAAGCAGAUCCUAUGCAAGAUGAAAGACUUGCCAAAUUUGUUGUGUCCUCACAUAUUCGACAUCAUCCAAGCAAGAUUAAUGACACUGUUCUUGAUGAUAUUGCUGUUCCUGAUCCUUUGCAGUCCACAGAUAUUGAACCCAUCCCUCAAGAACUACUUAAGAAGUACAUAGUUUAUUCCAGGCAACAUGCUCAUCCAAAGCUUCAGAACAUGGAUCAAGACAAAGUUGCAAAGAUGUACAGCCAGCUCAGACAAGAAUCUUUGGCAACUGGAAGUUUACCUAUCACUGUCCGUCACAUUGAAAGUAUGAUCCGUAUGGCUGAGGCAUCUGCUCGUAUGCAUCUCAGGGACUAUGUGCAGGAAGAUGAUGUAAAUAUGGCUAUCCGAAUGAUGCUUGAAAGCUUUGUUGAAACUCAAAAAUACAGUGUUAUGAAAACAAUGAGACAAACAUUCCAGAAGUAUCUGUCUUUCAAGAAGGACCAUAGUGAACUAUUGUAUUAUAUUCUACGACAAAUGACUCACGAACAGCUUGCAUUCAUGAGAGGUCUCCAUGGUUCUGCCCAUGAACCAAGCACUGUUGAAAUUAGUGAGAAAGAUUUUAUGGAUAAAGCCCGCCAGAUUGAUAUUCAUGAUGUGAAGCCCUUCUUUGAGAGCCGUAUUUUCAAGGCCAAUCAUUACUCUUACAAUCCUAAGAAAAAGGCUAUUGUUCAAUUGGUUGCUGAUACUCGUCUCGGUCGCUAAAAGAAUUGUCUUUUAUUCCAUCACAUGCAUCCUACUCAUUGUAACUCUUUCAACUGUAUAAAUUAUUGUAGUUAGGGUCAGGUAUUUUUAAUGCUCAAAUCCAUAUGACAAUGUAUUUUUGUAAGAUUUCUGUAUUUGGAGCUUUUUUUAACAUGCAUUAUGUAUUGAUAAUUAUUUCAAGGAAAUAAAUUAACCAUAACAUUUUACCUAAA